AUGUGGCACGAAGCUAGAAAACAGGAGCGCAUGAUUCGUGGCUUAAUUGUUGACUAUCGUCGUAGGGCGGAGCGUCGUAAAGACUUCUAUGAAAAAAUCAAAGCAGAACCAACGCAAUUCUUGCAGUUACAUGGUCGACCAUGCAAAAUACAUUUAGACCCGGCCAUUGCGGCAGCUGGGGAAGGUCCAGCUAUAAUGAUGCCUUGGCAAGGUGAUGCAAAUAAUAUGAUUGAUCGUUUUGAUGUUCGAGCUCAUUUAGAUUUUAUUCCUGAUGUCAAAUACCCUGAAAUUCAACCAGAAGAACUUAGUCCUGAGGAGAGGCAGUGUAAUUAUGAGAGAUACAGAAUUUUGGCACAAAAUGUGUUCCUUGGUAUCAGUGAAGACAAGUUUCUUCAGCAACUUGCUAUUGAAGAACAAUUUGGAGUGACAAUAGAAGAAAAGGAAAUGCAAAGGGAAAAAUUACAUGAAAAAAGGGGAACUGGUGCAGCUAUAGGAUACAAUUAUAAUGAUCCAGGAGCCCAACCCUCUAGCUCGCACGGCUCGGAAGUUAAAAAAGUACAAGAGCAAAAGGAUUCUGAUGAUGAUUCCGAUCUGGAGAUCAUUGAUGUGGAUUUGAGCAUUGAUGUCAAUAAGAUGGAAGCAUCACAGGCACACGAGUUGAAUGCAGUUGGCCCUCAAUUUGGUAUGGCGGGUUGUGAUCUGUUCUCUUUCCUCACUGGCGAUGCAGAUGAUGCGGAACAUCAGAAACAACUGCUACGCGAAGAGAAAGAAAAAGCAAUGUUCUCUGGAAGGAAAAGCAGGAGGGAACGUCGGGCGCAUAGGGACAAGAAGCUGUUGGCCCGCGUGGCCAGCCCGCCCAGCUACGCGGCGCCGCGCGCGCGCUCGCUGUCGCGCUCCCCCUCCCCCUCCCGCUCGCCCUCGCCCCUCGCGCCGCCCGACAACAUACAGUUCAUCACCUCCUUCGGCGGCGACGACGACGAACCCACACCUCCACCGAAACCUUUGUAUGCGGACAAAUUGAAAAUGAACUUAAAGAAGGAGCCCACAUAUUCAGAAGUAGCACGUAAACCAGUUAACAGGUCUCCCCUUCCUCAAAUGGGUCCACAAUGGCCGCCCGAAUCCAGGUUGCGUUCCGUAUCUCGUUCGAGAUCACGUUCGAGGUGCAGGUCGCGUUCAAGGUCAAGGUCACUGUCGAGGUCACGGUCACGUAUGAGGUCACGGUCACGCUCGAGGUCGCGGUCACGUAUGAGGUCUCGGUCACGCUCGUACCGACGCUCGUCCUACUCGAGAUCUCGUUCAUCGUCGAGAUCCAGAUCCAAGUCGGUGAGCCCGUACGGGUCCAGAUCGCGUAAUUACAAGAGACGAUCGCGGACUCCUCAAAAUCACGAAUAUACCAAGCGUAAUAACUCGAGGCCCAUGUCUUAUGAAAGAAGCGUUUCGGGUGGGGAGGAGGGGAGAGCGGGCCCCGCUGUGACUCGGUACUACGGGCGCAGGAAGGAGGACCACUCCUCCACCGAGCUCUCGCUCGACUCCGAGUCCGCCGAUGACGACACAGACAGAUCGGCGGUUGGCAAUAAAUCCAACACUAACCAGAAUCAGUUACGAUUGUCUGGAGCCAGCACCAAAGUCAGGACCGUCGCGUGA